UUGUCAUCAUCGGGAGAAAUUGCAUACUCCUACCAGUAGAUCGUCGGGGAGAGCUCCCACCAGUAGAUCUGGAGCUGCCCCCUCCUCUCACCCAGACCGGAGCACGACGGAAGCACGGACAUCUGCACCACGCGCCGCGGUCCGCACCACCACUCGCACCAGCCACGGGGCAGGAAGGGCCCAGAUCUGGCCGGCCCCGCCCGCCGCCGCCGCCGCACACCCACCGGAAGUAGUACGACAGAGGGGCGUCGCCUCCAACCUCCACCACAACGCGCCGCAGCCCGCGCGUCAUCCUCGUGGUAACUCAUCUUCCCGUGUGUUGUCUCUGCUCGAAUCUCCCAUUCCCCUUACCAUAUAUCGCCAGACGAGUCAGGUCAACCAGUCCUGUCCUGUAUCAUCCCCAUCUCGAUCUGCACCUCGUCUCCACAACUAUGGCGGAGGCGGCGAGCAGCGACGCCAGCUCCGUACGUGCAGCGGCUGACCGGGUCAGCUUACUCCCCACUUCUCCCCCAUCGCCAUCUGAGGAGGUCACAUCAACUGAGUCAACGCGGCAUUCUGCUUCUUGCACUUCUGCUCCAUCAACGGCGCCAUCCUUCUUCCCCAGGAAGAUCGACCAUGCAAGUGCGCUGCCAAGGAAAUUCUCCUACGAUCUGUUAAAGGAAAUUACGGAUGGUUUCUCCGAGGAGCGCUUACUCGGUAGCGGCGGAUAUGGAAGAGUUUACAAGGGAUUUCUCAAAGAUGGGGAAGAAAUUGCCGUGAAGUUGCUCUAUGAGAUGCCUACACUUGAUGAUGUGCAGUUUAUGAGGGAGUUUAACAAUCUGACGAGUCUUCAACACGUUAAUAUUGUGCGGUUAGUCGGCUAUUGCCAUGAAACUCGGCCAGAGUGCGCAGAGUACGAAGGAAGAACGGUUGUUGCUGACAGGAUACACAGGGCGCUCUGUUUCGACUAUGCCCACAAUGGGAGCCUUCACGAUCAUAUUUCUGAUGAAUUUAAUGGACAUGAUUGGCGCACACGUUAUGGAAUAAUUAAGGGGAUUUGCAAUGGUUUGAAAUACCUGCAUCAGGACCUAAAUUCUCCUAUAUAUCAUCUGGAUCUAAAACCAGCCAAUGUAUUGCUGGAUAAGAAUAUGUUACCAAAGAUAGCUGAUUUUGGCCUGUCAAGGCUGUUUGGAGAAGAACAAACAAAAAUCACAAAUACUUCAUUCGGAACGCGCGGUUAUUUACCACCAGAAUACAUAGAGCAGAAAGUAAUCUCAAACAAGUUCGACAUAUACAGCUUGGGUGUUGUUAUCAUAAAGGUAAUGGCUGGACCUGAGGGCCACUCCAAAUGUGCUACCAUGUCUUCCAAGGAAUUCGUUGAACUUGGAAAUUGGAGGGCUAGGUUAGAAGCACCCCCAAUCCAUGAGCCAGGGCUAGAGGCAUAUUGUGUACAAGUAAAGACGUGCAUUGAAAUAGCCUUAAAGUGUGUGCAGGCAGAUCGGCGCAAAAGGCCGAGUAUAAAUGAUAUCAUUGAUAAGAUGAAUCAGACAGAGAAUAUGAUUCGAUUAUGGUCCCUCAACGUAUAUUCAAAGAGGCCAUAUUUUGCUCCUGAUAUAUCCGGCCUUACGAGAUUCGAGUACAAUGAUUUGGCCGUCAUGACAGACGGAUUCUCCAAACAUCUUGGAUUGGGUGCCUUUGGCAUGGUAUAUAAAGGGAGCUACAAAGACUUGAAUGGCUAUCAAGAAGUGGCUGUGAAGGAAAUAAAGAAUACUACUGAAGGAGAAGUUCAUGACUUUAUCGCUGAACUCCAGAGAAUUGGUCGAAUGAGGCUACACACAAAUCUAAUUGAGCUGAAAGGCUGGUGCUGCAGAAGAAACGCAUGGAACUUGGUUGAUUUUAUUUCUUGUUGUAGGCAACAAAGGGUUCAAUUCUUUCUUGUCUUUGAAUUUGUUCCUAAUGCCAACCUAGAGGAUCACCUACACGACAGGAAGAAAAUUCUACCAUGGCAAAAGAGGUACCAAAUAAUUAAGGGCAUAGGGUCUGCACUUCAUCAUCUUCACCACGAAUGCAAUAGAACCAUCUUGCAUGGAGAUAUCAAGCCAAGCAGUGUACUACUGGAUUUUGAUUUCAACGCCAAGCUCGGUGUCGGGCUAUCUAGGACAGCCAGUAAAAACAAUAGAAUACUAGUGGCGACUGAUACUGGGACAGAGGGGAACAUGGACCCACGUAAGUCCGACAUCUACAACUUUGGAUUCGUUCUACUAGAGAUAGCAUGCACAGGCAAGUCUAGACAGCAAGUAUGGAAGCUAUAUAGAGAGGAACCCGAGGUGAUGGAGUAUGCCGCUGACCACAGAUUAGGUGGCAUCUUCGACAAGUCGCAGAUGAAGCGUGUGAUUGUCCUGGGCCUCAGGUGCUCUCACCCAGAUGGGAGACACCGUCCUUUCAUGACAGAUGCAAUGAAAUUCUUGGAGGAUGGCAUAGAGUUGCCUCCUAUAUUGGAAAUAGAGGAACAACAAGGUUCAACAUUCUUGGGCAUUCAUUCGGCUGAGUUUUCUCAUAUAACCAUCGACAUCUUGCCCCUAGGGGACGGCAUAGAGUUGCCUCCUAUAUUGGAAAUAGAGGAACAACAAGGUUCAAGAUUCCUGGGCAUUGAGUCCGUUAAUUUUUCUAAUAUAAACACCGCCAUGUAUCUCGAAGGAGAGAAUUUUUCGAUAAGAGGAAGCAUCAGCUGGCUUAAAGUUGUAAGAGGAGGAGCCCGCUUGUGGUGGAGGUUGUAUUGUUGUGUAACUAGAAGGCUGGGGAUUUGGGAGCGAUAUACUGUUGUAGACAGCUAUCUCCCAGCUGUGUAAUAUCGGUUGCACGAUAGGUUGCACGAUAGUGCUUUUGUGUGACGGGACACAACAGCGAAGUGUCGCAUUUUUCUCUCUUUAUCAUAAGGUUUUGUUGAACAUAUUACCGCAAUCUCAA